CUCCACAACAUCAUCAGCCUCUAUCCGCCACAAUCCGGGUCCCUCGCUUCUGCUUCACUUCAAACCAUUGUCUCGAGAAAUCAUAGAACGUCAACUACUAUCCUAGUAGAAUCUUUCCGGGGUAUUGGCCAAUUUGGUUGCACAUCGAUCGCAAUCGCGAUAGGGCCUUCUUUCUCUUCGAACCCCCUCAUCAGAGGUAUUCAUUAUAAUGGCUACCGGGCGUUCCAACAGCACCGAGACACAGUACUACGAGCCGGAUCCGGACUCCUAUGUCCAAUACCAGCGCGAAAUUUAUGGCAGUCUACGCCGGCCGAAGUAUUCAACGAAGCCUGCGCAAUGGGAAGCUGCUGCUAGAGCCGCCGUUCCAUUACCCAACUUCUUGUACGUAAAUGGCUCUGCGAGUAGCGAAUCGACUUAUGCCGCCAACAUGUCGGCUUUCCAACGCUACCGCCUCCGCCCGUGGAUGCUAGUACAGGCCACGCGACGAGACAUGUCUGUGGAAAUCUUUGGACGCCGUUACCCAACCCCCUUGCUCGCAGCUCCAAUCGGUGUGCAAGGAAUCCUUCAUCGUGAAGCCGAGGAGGCAACUGCUCGAGCUUGCGCGUCCGUCAAGGUCCCCAUGAUUCUUAGUACUGCUGCAACGAGAUCGAUCGAACAAGUUGCCGAAGCCAAUGGAGAUGGAGAUCGCUGGUACCAGCUCUAUUGGCCAAAACCUCAGGCGGAAGAAUUCACAGCGAGCUUGUUGCGCCGCGCGAAAGCGAGUGGUUUCCAGGUACUGGUCGUUACUCUCGACACUUUUAUGAUCGGCUGGAGACCGAGUGAUCUUGAUGAGAGCUAUUUGCCUUUCAUUUACGGCACCGGUUGCGCAGUCGGCUUUUCCGAUCCUGUCUUCCAGCGCAUGUACGAAAAGGAGCAGGCCGAGGAUACGCGGAGUGUAAGCGAGAAGAUAUCUGAGAUCUGGCAAAUUCUCAAACGCCCAGGGAGCGUUGGCGGUGCAGCAAAGGUGCUUGCACAUGCAGGCGUUAUGAAGAAAGCGAUGUUCUUCACCUCCCUUAUUGCGUCUGGAAGCUAUCGCGAUUGGAAUGACUUGCAGACUCUACGCAAGUACUGGGAUGGACCCAUUGUCCUGAAGGGUAUUCAGACAGUCGAAGACGCACACAGAGCUAUCGAUCAUGGCAUCGAGGGCAUUGUGGUCUCAAAUCAUGGAGGAAGACAGCUUGAUGGGGCCAUGGCCUCACUUGAUGCAUUAGCUGAGAUUGGUGCAGACGAUAGGGUAAAGAGCUCGGGCUUGACAAUCCUCUUUGACAGUGGCAUACGCACCGGCUCGGACGUACUGAAAGCCCUUGCUUUGGGCGCACGGGCUGUUCUUGUUGGACGGCCAUACGUGUAUGGACUUGCUAUGGGCGGAGAAGAAGGUGUACGCCACGUUUUAAACUGCAUGCUUGCCGAUACCGACAAUUCACUAGCGAACCUUGGCAAGAAGAGCAUAGCAGAGAUCAGCCGGGAUGACUUGAGAGUGAUCCAGCAACCAGCAAAGUUAUAGUGAAUAGCCCGUUCGUUUCGUUGCGAAUAGUUAUUCAGUAUGAGAGUCUCUGUUGCGCCACCUACAAAACUUUAAUGCCUCUUAUGAGUACGAUAUACCGACUAAGCAGGUUACAACCGCUUCCAUAAGUUUCUUCGAGAAAAAGGCGGGGUGCCCAAGGCGUCAAAAAAACAAGCAGAUUUAGUGCCUGCCUCAGAUGCAGGUUCUUGGGUAAUAGGUCGUACAUGACAUACACGAACCAAAGCGGCCAAUCGUAGAGGACGGAGCACCUGCAGUUUGUUCCUUUUGCUCGGGUAUCGCUAAGUUAAUUUCAUCCUGAUUCAUGAGUGUUCUUGAUCCUACGUCCGCACGUCCUCCCAAUCGCAGGCUCUAUUUGCUGCAUUUUCUUUUUGCCAAUCGGCCGUCUUGACACGCC